UUUCCCGGUACCCCGUCCUCUCCCGCUGCCCACCCGUCUCCUCGUCCUCCCUCACCCACCUCCACUCUGCCCGCCUGCGCACUGGCGGCCGCGAGAGACAGAGAGAGAGAGCGACCCCUCCCGAGAAACCCCCCCCGUCUUUGCGUCCCGUCCUGCUCCAAAACCCACUGACGACAUCCUUCACCAACAGCCCAACCUGCGAAAAAACAACACCACCUCACGACUCGAGGGCUGGCUGCACCCACCGAUCUUCUGUCGUGACAGUUCCGACAGACCGAUCCUCCCGCUGUGCUAACCUACCCCGAGCCCCUCCGGCGCCGAACCUCCGGUAUCCAUCCAUACGCAUACUUCGCUACUGAACUUCGUACCCAUCUCUUACCUACCUACCUCACUCCCGAUCACCCUCGCCCUCUCUCUCUCCUCGCGUCGUAUCCUAUCAAUACCAUACCUCGCACCCACUACCUCGCCCACCUGCCACCUGCGCGACAUUGAGGUGAUCACAACAGAACGGGCGAGAGAAUCUGCGUACAUUAUACCUAAACGCAGCAGUCGCUCCUCUAGGGCUGUUCUUGAACUUUCAAGUAGCUUCAAAGCUCAUCCUUUUCCCCUCCAACCAAAAAAAUAAUCAACAUCAACACAACGCAUAGUUCCCGCGCGUGGAGUCGCGCAACCCCACCGUCACAAUGAACGACGAAGAUGCCAUCCAAAACAUCCUCAAAAAGAUUGAGCGCGAAAAGGCUCUCCUCAACGCCGCCAAUGCUAUGAGAGCCCAGACAAACAACGAGGCCGUGCGAUCACGACUCGACUCCCAGAUGCGCGAUGGCCGUCGAAACCUGCAGUUCUUCGAAGAGAAGCUUCGCGAGGCUCAGCUGCGUCGGGGUAUGGACAACAUGUCCAUGGGAUCUCCUUCCGGCGACGGCAGACCUCUGAGCGGCGACGUUGAGGAUGCGCCCGCCCCUCCUCCCAAGGAUGCGAAUGCCUGGGCAGAGCGUGGCGGAUAUGGUGCCGGGAGCGCAACGUCGGGCGGCAAUGUCCAGUACAGCCAGAUUGGCGGCCACGCCGACCUGAUGCCUCCCCGCCAUCCUUAUGCCAAUCCAGGCCCCUCUUCCUCCAUCCCUAAGCCGCGCCCCAACUUCACCAAGCUUGAUCUUAUCAAAUAUGAUACCCCGUAUCUCGGUCCUCGUAUUCAGCUCAUGCUGUCGCAAAUUCAGUUCAAGCUCAACGUGGAGGAGCAGUAUCUCAAGGGAAUCGAGAAGAUGGUUCAGCUAUACGGCAUGGAAGGAGAUCGCAAGAGCAAGGCUGAUGCUGCCGCUAGAAGAGUCGAGAGCAAGCAGAAAAUUCUUUUGUUGAAGCAGGCUAUGAAGCGCUACGAGGAGUUGCACAUCGACAUGGACACAUCUGAUGCCCAGGAUGAUGACUCUAUCAACAUGCCUAAUCUCCGCAAGCCCCUCUCUGGCCAGCUCACCAUUCGUGUCGGACAAAUCAAGGAUGUUGAUCACGCGUCCAUGAGUCGCUUUAGCCGAGGACCCGAGACUUUUAUCGCCGUCAAGGUCGAAGACAACGUCGUCGCCCGCACGAGAGUGACCAGAACCGACAAGUGGGAAGCCGAGUACCAUACCCUUGAAGUCGACAAGGCGAACGAAAUCGAACUUACCGUAUACGAUAAGCCUGGCGAACAUGCCAUUCCUAUUGCCAUGCUCUGGGUCAGAAUCUCCGACAUCGCCGAGGAAAUGAGAAGAAAGAGGAUCGAAGCAGAGAUAAACAGCUCUGGCUGGGUGUCGGCCGACCGUAUGGGUGCUCCGCCGGCGCAAUUCCCAAUGAACCCCCAACAGCAGCAGCAGUCAAUGGGCGGUCCCCCCCCCUCUCCCGGUGUUGGAGGACAGCAAGGUCAACAAGGACAACCUCCCAUGGCGAACCCCCCGAUCGCUCAGCAGCCCAUCGAUGGCUGGUUCAACCUCGAGCCUGCUGGCCAGAUUCAACUAUCCUUGGGAUUCCUCAAGCAAAACAACGCUCGCCGCCCCGUCAACUUGCAAGGUCUCGGCCGUGUGGGUGCUGUUCGUCAGCGCAAGGAGGAGGUUCACGAGAUGUACGGACACAAGUUUGUCCAACACCAGUUCUACAACAUCAUGCGCUGCGCCCUUUGCGGAGACUUCCUCAAGUAUUCGACAGGCAUGCAGUGCGAGGACUGCAAGUACACUUGCCACACUAAAUGCUACUCUAGCGUUGUCACCAAAUGUAUCAGUAAGAGUAACGCUGAAACUGAUCCGGACGAAGAGAAGAUCAAUCACCGCAUCCCCCACAGAUUCCAGGCCUUCUCAAACAUGACAGCCAACUGGUGUUGCCACUGCGGUUACAUUCUGCCAUUUGGCAAGAAGAACUGCAGGAAAUGUGCGGAAUGUGGCCUCACAGCACACGCGGCAUGCGUACACCUUGUUCCUGACUUCUGUGGAAUGUCAAUGGCUGUGGCGAACCAGAUUUUGGAGGGUAUCAAGUCUACUAGAAUGAUCUCCAAGAACAAGACUUCCACGUCUCUUAGCGAUCGGACGCUGCGGCAGAAGCCGACAAGCCCAACUAGCACUAUCGGCUCUCCUCAUAGUGGAGGCCAGCCGUAUGCUGGAGGGUCACCGGAGGCAACUGAGGCUGCCAAGUUGAUGUACCAACAGCAGCAGCAGCAGUCUCCGCCUGGCCAGCGACCAAUGCACCCUGAUCGUACUUCUUCAAGCACGGCAGCGGCGGCUGCAGCGACGGCGGCGAUGAGCGGAUCAAUGGCUUCCCAGCAAAAGCCUCAGUCUCAGGACUACUCAAGUUACGGUGGACGCCCUGGGUACCCGGCUCAGGCAGAGCAACCAGACUCGUACAACAGCGGCGGCCCCAAGUACAACCCGGCAGACUACGCGCAAGUCAACCAGCAAGCUGGAUACGGCCAACAUCCUCCUGCGCAACAGCAACAACAGCAGCGACCUGUUCAGCAGCAGCCGCCGCAGCAGCAACAGCCUCCCCCUCAGCAGUACCAGCAGCCUCCCCAACAGCAAAUGUACCAGCAGUCGCCCGUCUCCUCGCCUAAGCUGCAGGAGCCACCUCAAAUCUCACCCAUUGCAUCAACUGGUGGUGUUCCUAGCUCUGGCGCUGGACGUAAGCCGUUGCCUUCCGCCACCGAUCCAGGAACUGGUCAACGUAUUGGCCUUGACCAUUUCAACUUCCUGGCUGUGCUUGGUAAGGGUAACUUCGGAAAGGUCAUGCUCGCGGAAACGAAGCGAUCCAAGAGGCUUUAUGCUAUCAAGGUGUUGAAGAAGGAGUUCAUCAUUGAGAACGACGAAGUGGAGAGCAUUCGCUCCGAGAAGAGAGUGUUCCUUAUUGCCAACCGGGAGAGGCACCCAUUCUUGACCAACCUUCACGCAUGUUUCCAAACUGAGACACGUGUGUACUUCGUUAUGGAGUACAUUAGCGGUGGUGAUCUCAUGCUGCACAUCCAGCGAGGCCAGUUUGGCACUAAACGAGCGCAAUUCUACGCCGCCGAGGUUUGCUUGGCGCUCAAGUACUUCCACGAGAACGGUGUCAUCUACCGUGAUCUGAAGCUUGACAACAUCCUUUUGACCUUGGAUGGACACAUCAAGAUUGCCGAUUACGGUCUUUGCAAGGAAGACAUGUGGUUCGGCUCGACUACGAGCACCUUCUGCGGCACUCCAGAGUUUAUGGCACCCGAGAUUCUACUCGACAAGAAGUACGGCCGUGCCGUUGAUUGGUGGGCAUUUGGUGUCUUGAUUUACCAGAUGCUUCUCCAGCAAUCACCCUUCCGAGGAGAGGACGAGGAUGAGAUUUAUGAUGCCAUUCUCGCCGACGAGCCUCUGUACCCCAUUCACAUGCCCAGAGACUCUGUAUCGAUCCUUCAGAAGCUCCUGACCAGAGAGCCCGACCAGCGUCUUGGAAGCGGUCCCACGGACGCGCAGGAGAUCAUGAACCAGCCGUUCUUUAGGAACAUCAACUGGGAUGACAUCUACCACAAGCGUGUUGCGCCGCCUUUCAUGCCGCAGAUCAAGAGCGCGACCGAUACCAGCAACUUCGAUUCUGAGUUCACAAGCGUUACACCCGUCUUGACCCCUGUCCAAUCAGUCUUGUCGCAAGCCAUGCAGGAAGAGUUCCGUGGUUUCUCUUACACUGCCGACUUUGAUUAGAGCCAUGAUGGAAACUAGAUUGGAAAUGAACCCUGGAUGUUGCUGGAUCCUUUCAGUGACGUCUUUGAAGAGGGUGAGAAGGAAGUAGAAUGCCGAGCAGGUACAGCGUGGAUAAGCGCCAGCUCGAUGUGUGCUAUACAGGCACGUCCAGCACGAGCGAUGCUUGUUGAUGUUGCGUGAAGACGCUGCGCGUCGUCGGGGGUUGUGACGAUAAACCGCAGGCGGAAAAAACGAAGUGACGGGCGAACACGAUAUAUGAAGCAAAAAGUAGUAUGGCCCCGACUGUUCACCAUUGAACAUUGGAAAAAGGGACCAAGUCGGCGGAAUCGUGACUAGAGGUAUAUCAGCGAGGUUUUGCGCCACCCCUGCCGCAGCUUCUUUAAUAGACGGAACAUUC